CGAAACACGUGACAUGGAAUGGUCCAAUCACAAUUUCGUAAUGUGCGCGCUCCCGGUCGAAACCUAACAGACCGAGGAAGAGCCGCCUGCAGACCCGCUAACGCACUGCCCGCUGCCUGGAUAGCAAUCCGUUUUCACAUUGGAAGUGAGGUCUCGGGGAAAAACUGCACAAUGUCUGAAGAGAAGCCAAAGGAAGGUGUGAAGACGGAGAACGACCAUAUUAAUCUUAAAGUAGCGGGUCAAGACGGGUCGGUCGUUCAGUUCAAAAUCAAAAGGCACACUCCGCUCAGCAAGUUAAUGAAGGCAUACUGCGAACGACAGGGCUUGGCGAUUCGUCAGAUAAGGUUUAGGUUUGAUGGACAGCCAAUCAACGAGACGGAUACCCCUGCACAGUUGGAGAUGGAGGACGAAGACACAAUUGAUGUAUUUCAACAACAGACGGGAGGCUCCUUCUCCUAAGAGGACCGUGGACGAACCUCAGAGGACACGACCCCCGGAAGAGCGACUUCUUCUUCUCUCAUUGUCAUUGUUUCUUUUGUUUUGGAUCCUUCCUUCUUCUACCCGCACCCAAACUGAAAGCUCUAUAAUUCAUUCAGGGAUAUUUCGUUGUGGCCAAGAUCCUAACAUUGCCACCGUGUUCAAAAUGCUAAAGUAGUGUGUACUAUUUAUCUAGUAUGACAUGUUCCAGACACGAGCAAGCUGGCCCGCAGGGAAACACAAAGGGAGGUCCGUUAGCGAUGCCUAAGAUUAAUAUGAAAUCGCCCACUUAGUGUCUGUUUCUGUACCUGCGGUGAAACUCUGCGGUUCUGAGCACUGCGCCCUCGGUAUACUGGGUGGAAGAGAGCUGAGAUAAAGAUAUGUUGGAUUUCCUAAAAUAUAUAUAUAUAUAUAUAUAUAUAUAUAUAAACGUAUACAUACAACUCAUGUUGGUCAUCUUUUAAGGAGCAACAGUCAAACUAAUGUCAGAUUUAUCCAUAUUCCAUUUUUAACUAUAGGAACAGAAGAGAAGUAUGUAUAUGGACACUUGACCUCAAUUAUGUCGCUCCCCUUGAGUGGAGUGAUUAUAAACGAUGUUAAUGUAACCCGGACCAAAAAUGUUACGUGAAUAGCUUUCCGAAUGAAGCAGUAUAGUGUCAGGGUGUUCGAUCCCACUACUUAAAGGCUUUACGUCACGUUGGAGCAGGGAUAAGUUCACUUGUGUUUUCAUGCCCCCUCAGUCCUUUGGCCAUAAAAAAAAAAGGGAAUCCCCCCCCCCCCCCCCCCCCCCCCCAGCGUCCAAGUCCUCUAUCCCCAACAGGCUUCAUUCACUAAAAUCUAAGUUGUUCACAUGAUCGGCUACAUUACAACCUAAUCAUUGACGCAUUGCUCUUUUUGGGAGUUCUUGAGUUCUUUGUCAAGACAUUACUGGCACACUGGUCUGACCGAUGGCUGAGGCCGGACUGGCCUUCAGAGGCUGGGGGGAAUUGGUUAACAUCUUUCACAGAUAAUUGUACAUUUUCUUUUUGUUGUCCUUUUACUGUGUACAAUAAAUAUAGUUUGGUACUUAGCCUCUUGCAUUGAUAUAUCAUUUAUGUCUAGAGUACUUUCAAUCCCUCAAGCCGCAGCACCCGGUUGCAAGCGCUAUUGAAUGCUGUUAAUAAAUUGCCUAAUUUUAAGGGGAGUGCCACUGAAUUUGAGUGUUUAAGUGGUCAUUGCUAUACUCUGCAGUACUGCUUUGUUAUAAACGUAAUUGCCUUAUCCAAAGGCAUUACAUUUAUGUAUCCCAAGUUAGUGCACAUGUGUAGUGUAUAUUUGAAACUGAAGCUUUGUAGAUAAAUAGGUGAUGAAACAUUUGGUACAUGAUUUACUUUAAUUUGAAAAACGUUAUUUCACAAUGUGGCAUGUUAUUGUACACUAGAGGGCGCUGUUGUACAUGGAUGUACUGUUCGAUUGUUGACUUGGUAGUAUGAUCACACACGGCUGAAUAGGGUCCUGCUCUCAAUGUUUAACUUGUAACCGGUUUAUCUACUUUCAAAUGUAUCAGGAUUAUACGUUUAUUUUCAUUUUUUUGAAUGGUCUGGCAGUGGGGUCAUUUUUGACCUUUUGAAAAUGUUUAUGGUUUCUCAGACACCUUUUAUAAAAACUUCAGCAAGUCGUCAAGUGCGACAUGGACCUUAAGCACAAAGACAUUACAUUUGCGCCCAUGUCCAACAGGUGAAUAGCCUGUGCAUCGGUGGAUCAAAGUGUAGACUUUAUAUGCAACCAUGCCAGUUUGGUCUGGUGUGACAGUAGAGCACACAGCUCAAGCACUCUGACAUUUAAAAUAGGGUUAUUGCUCGAAAAUCUGCAACAUUUGGUACAUAAUGUGAAAUGCGUCAGCUGUGCUUGUAUCCCUAAUGGCGCUCACUUACGCCCAGUGUUGAGUUUCUCCAGAGUCCAGUGAAUAACGCCACACCACUGCGCAUCUGGAUAACUUCUGGAUCUUCUCCAAUGUGUUGUUGAUGUCAUCCUCAUGUGACUAAUGUGGAGACUUGGACCCCACCCUGUCAGGAUAUCAAAUUACAUCCCACCAAUGGCUAAAGGGGGCAGAAAAACGUGACCCUAGGAUUAUAU